GUCUCUCCUCCCCCCAGUCCAGAUGGGAGCUGGCUCCUUCAGAAAGGGGGCUUAGAACUGGGUGUGGGGAGCUACCUCUCUCUGUCUCCCUCACUACAUCUGCCUGCAGGGCUGGGAGCCCCCACGAGCCAGUGGUCCUGAGCCUUCUGAAGUUAGGAUUCUGCCUGGUGGUGAGGAUCCUGACGCCAAGGAUGGGACACCCAGGAUGGAGGUUCUUGGGGCCUGGCCCCCAACACUAUGAAGAGCCCUUGCUGAGGCCAUGAGGGGUUACCAUGGCGACCGAGGCAGCCAUCCCCGCCCAACCCGCUUUGCUGACCAGCAGCAUAUGGACGUGGGCCCAGCUGCCAGGGCCCCGUACCUGCUGGGCUCCGGGGAGGCCUUCUCCACCGAGCCCCGCUUCUGUGCCCCAAGAGCUGGCCUGGGACACCUUUCUCCGGAAGGGCCCCUGAGCCUGAGUGAGGGGCCAUUGGUAGGCCCUGAGGGAGGGCCAGGGGGGACCGGAAUUGGGGGGGGUAGCAGCACCUUCCCCAGGAUGUACCCCGGCCAGGGCCCCUUCGACACCUGUGAAGACUGUGUGGGCCACCCACAGGGCAAGGGUGCCCCCCGCCUGCCUCCUACACUCCUGGACCAGUUUGAAAAGCAGUUGCCAGUUCAGCAAGAUGGCUUCCACACGCUACCUUACCAGCGAGGUCCAGCAGGGGCCGGGCCCGGGCCUGGGCCGGGGUCCGGCUCUGCCCCGGAGGCCCGCAGUGAGAGCCCCAGCCGCAUCCGGCACCUUGUUCACUCCGUGCAGAAGCUCUUUGCCAAGUCCCACUCUCUGGAGGCCCCGGGGAAGCGGGACUACAAUGGGCCCAAGGCUGACGGAAGAGGUGGCUCUGGGGGAGACAGCUACCCUGGCCCAGGCUCCGGAGGCCCCCACACCUCCCACCACCACCACCACCAUCACCACCACCACCACCACCAGUCCCGGCACGGCAAGAGGAGCAAGAGCAAGGACCGCAAGGGCGAUGGGCGGCACCAGGCCAAGGCCGGGGGCUGGUGGAGCUCCGACGACAACUUGGACAGUGAUAGUGGCUUCCUAGCGGGGGGGCGGCCUCCUGGGGAGCCAGGUGGUCCCUUCUGCUUGGAGGCUCCAGAUGGGUCCUACCGGGACUUGAGCUUCAAGGGGCGCUCAGGCGGGUCGGAAGGCCGCUGUCUGGCCUGCACCGGCAUGUCCAUGUCACUGGAUGGACAAUCGGUUAAGCGAAAUGCCUGGCAUACCAUGAUGGUGAGCCAGGGCCGGGAUGGAUAUCCAGGGGCCGGGCCAGGCAAGGGGCUCCUGGGUCCAGAGGCCAAGGCCAAAACCAGGACUUAUCAUUAUCUGCAGGUGCCGCAAGAUGAUUGGGGGGGUUACCCCACGGGGGGCAAGGAUGGAGAGAUCCCCUGUCGCAGGAUGCGGAGCGGCAGCUACAUCAAAGCCAUGGGGGAUGAGGAGAGCGGAGACUCGGAUGGCAGUCCCAAGACAUCUCCCAAAGCGCUGGCCCGGCGCUUUGCCUCCCGCCGCUCCUCCAGUGUGGACCAGGCCCGGAUCAACUGCUGCGUCCCACCCCGGAUCCAUCCCCGGAGCUCCAUCCCUGGCUACAGCCGUUCCCUCACCACCGGACAGCUCAGCGAGGAGCUGAGCCAGCAACUGGAGGCUGUGUGCGGGUCUGUGUUUGGGGAGCUUGAGUCCCAAGCCGUGGACGCCCUGGACCUGCCCGGCUGUUUCCGCAUGCGGAGCCACAGCUACCUCCGGGCCAUCCAGGCCGGCUGCUCUCAAGACGACGACUGCCUGCCCCUCCUUGCUGCCCCUGCCUCUGUCUCAGGGAGGCCCGGCUCCUCCUUCAACUUCAGAAAGGCCCCGCCCCCCAUCCCGCCGGGGAGCCAGGCCCCGCCCCGCAUCUCCAUCACCGCCCAGAGCAGCACCGACUCUGCCCACGAGAGCUUCACGGCGGCCGAGGGCCCCGCCCGGCGCUGCAGCUCUGCUGAUGGGCUGGAUGGCCCCGUAGCCCCUGGGCCUGGUCAUGGACAGGGCUGCUCCAAGCAGCCCCAGUCCACACCCUGGUCUCUCCCUGGCACCAUCAUCCCUACUGGGAGGUGGGGGCCAACAUUGCUGGCCUUUCUCCCUGGGAAGGGCUUGCGUCCCUGUCUAGCCCCCGCCCUGACUCCCCAACUUUGCCACCAGGUGGAGACUAUCUCUGACUCGGACACGGAGAACAGGAGUCGAAGAGAGUUCCACUCCAUAGGCGUCCAGGUGGAAGACGACAAGAGGCGGGCGAGGUUCAAGCGCUCCAACAGUGUGACGGCUGGCGUGCAGGCGGACCUGGAGCUGGAGGGCCUGGCCGGCCUGGCCUCGGUGGCCACAGAAGACAAGGCCCUGCAGUUCGGACGCUCCUUCCAGAGGCACGCCUCUGAACCCCAGCCCGGACCCCGGGCCCCCACCUACUCAGUCUUCCGCACGGUCCACACGCAGGGCCAGUGGGCCUACCGCGAGGGCUACCCACUGCCGUACGAGCCGCCGGCCACCGAUGGGUCGCCAGGCCCUGCCCCGGCCCCGACCCCGGGCCCCGGGGCAGGCCGCCGGGACUCCUGGAUGGAGCGCGGCUCACGUAGCCUCCCCGACUCAGGCCGCACGUCCCCCUGCCCACGGGACGGCGAGUGGUUCAUCAAGAUGCUGAGGGCGGAGGUGGAGAAGCUGGAGCACUGGUGCCAGCAGAUGGAACGCGAGGCGGAGGACUAUGAGCUGCCCGAGGAGAUCCUGGAGAAGAUCCGCAGUGCCGUGGGCAGCACGCAGCUUCUCCUGCCCCAGAAUGUUCUGCAGUUCUUCAGGCUGUGUCAGCAGAGCAUGGACCCCACUGCGUUCCCUGUGCCCACCUUCCAGGACCUGGCGGGUUUCUGGGACCUCCUGCAGCUCUCUAUCGAGGAUGUGACCCUCAAGUUCCUGGAGCUACAGCAACUCAAGGCCAACAGCUGGAAACUCCUGGAGCCUAAGGUGGGGGCAGGUUCCUUGAAGCCAAGAGUCAGACCCUGGAAAAUGCCCUUCGCCAUGGAGUGCUCAUCGCUGCCGCAGCUGCCAGAACCCGAGGGGGCAGCAGCCACCCUGGGCCAGCUGCAGUUUGAGGGCGCAGACCUAGAGCUUCCGAAGGGCGGGCUGCCCUCAGCUCGGACCUACAGGGGCCCCUCAGCCGUCAUCCCACACUAG